CUUUAUUGCUGACAUGACAGCCUGACAUGCCUAGGUCGCCACUACUUACGGGUCCUGCUGCUCACCCGCCUUAGUUAACGCCCGUGCUUCGCGCCGUUGCGCGCGUGCCCUGCUGCUCACAACGGCUUCAUGCCUAUGUACGCUGCGCAUCUCAUCGCAUCUCCCUCAGCCUGCCAGCCAGCCUGUCAGCCAGUCAUCCGGACAGCCAGACAGCGUAUAAGCACUCUACGCUCUACACACUCCACCACAGUAUAUAGCACACAGCACAGAGCACAAGCCCGCUGCACACCCAUCCAUCCACUCACCCAAACCACCCAACCAACCAUACAUACAUACAUCCAUCCGCACACACACACACACAGACAUGCACCCAACCCAACACAAUGCCUUACCUGCACAGCCCAUGCACCACCCUCCCAGCACCCGUACUCCGUACCGCCUUCCCCACACCCCAAACAACCAGCCUAUCUUCCCCGCUUCCGCACCACCACCCGCCCGCACCGGAGCGCCCAACUCCCGAGUCCCGGGCCCGAGCACCAGGACGCGCGCGACGGCUGGCCCUGCUCGAGCUUGUUGAGUGCAUGCAUGGACGGAUGGACCUAGGGACGCGCUUAGGUUCUUCGGCUCGGGAGCACCAGCUCCCGUCCCGUGGUUGACGUACUCGGCUUUGCUAGAUCGCCUCUUUGGGCCAUGUAGGGCUGUUCCAGAUUGAUGAGGUUGCGCGUUGGAGCUCCAGAGGCCGGGAGAGCCGUGUCGCUGCUGCUGCUGCUGCUGCUGCUG